AUGCACGGAUCCUGUACCGGCGCCAUGCCCAAGACGAAUUCCAAGCUGACUAUAAGCGACUCCUCAACCACUAACUCAGAACUGCCAGCGGAUGUGCAGCAUCCAAUAAUUCUGCCCAAAUCUCAUCGCAUAACGAAGCUCAUUCUGGAACUUGAGCACCGGAUUCACUUACAUCCUGGUGUAUCAGCGUUAUUCGUGAGCGAACGCUACUGGGUAUUUGGCGCACGCAACCUCAUUCGAAAGAUCACGCAUGACUGUCUUAAAUGCUUUAGACAACGUCAACACACAUCUCACCAAGUCAUGUCAGAUCUGCCGUCUGUCCGUGUUCGGCAGGCAUUUCCGUUUGCAAACACUGGCUGCGACUACGCCGGGCCAAUCACCCUCAAGGUCCACAAGGGACGAAAUCCACGCAAGGAAAAGGGUUACAUCUGUCUAUUCGUAUGCCUAGCCACUUCUGCCUUGCGUUUGGAAUUGGCUACAGAUCUUACAACCGACACAUUCUUGGCGGCACUCAGACGAUUCAUCUCUCGCCGCGGAAAAUGCUCGCAAAUGUAUAGCGACAACGGGCGAAACUUCGUCGGGGCAAAAAGGGCAUUAAACAAAAUGCAAACUCUUCUGAAGUCAGACGAACACAACAACACUGUACUGAAGGCCCUGGCAGACAAAUUGCAUCUUCAUAGAGUCAUUGGCAAGAAUGACCUCACCUUUGAGAAAAUGCACACUCUUCUCGCCCAAAUAGAAGCUGUGGUCAACUCACGCCCACUAUUCUCAACUUCGGACACUAAGGUCAACUAUCUGUCACCAGCACACUUCCUCAUUGGUCGUCCAUACACGACAGUACCACGACAGGCAACAGACUCAAGCUAUGCUGCAAGGAUUCUGGAAACAUGGAAUAUCUUACAUCACUUCAGCAUCGGACAAAGUGGAUGA